AUGGCCGUAGUGGAAAGCACGGUGAUGGCCCACCCGAGCGAGUCGGACUUGGCGGACUUGGCCAAACCUGGCACUGUUAUUAUAACGGCGGGAACUGCCAAUGCCGCAUCACAAACAACAGAAGAUGAGAUCAUUACUCGUCCACGAUCAGCUCGUACACAAUCAGAUUAUUCACUCCCUGUAAACGCCGCGACAGAACCGCCCGCAAGCCUUCAAUCCAGUCAUUCGUCGAUUUGGUCCUUCCCAUGGAGCGAUGAGAUGCUAGAAACCUCAACCAGCAACCGCUGUUCCACGCGAUGGAUCGCGCGUGGGCUUCCUCUGCUGGGACUGGCACUCGUUGCUUACGCGACCUACAAUAUCAUUGUCUACUGCUGCGUCCAGGACUUUAUGCAAAAAAGGGGCAAGACCGCAAUUGGCGUUGUUCUAAUUGCACUAUAUUCUAUUUUCCUCCUUCUCAUGGUCGCAGCCUACAUACGAUGCUACGUAACGAUUCAGUACAACCCUGGAUUUGUGCCAUGGACAGCCCAAAGGGAAACCAUCGAGCAGGAGCGUAACCAACGAGCGAGCAACGGAGCCGAGGUCGAGAUACGAUCUUGGGCCCCUCGAGACGACGAACCUGACAGCCCCGGUCUUGAGUCAUUCUACAGCAAAGAUAUCUUCGUUUGCGAACUCGAUGGUCGCCCUAAGUGGUGCUCCGAAUGCAGAAAUUGGAAGCCUGACCGGGCGCAUCAUUCUACAGAGUAUGAUUAUUGCGUGUACAAGAUGGAUCAUGUCUGUCCUUGGAUGGGCGGCAUCAUCUCGGAAACUUCCUUUAACUUUUUUAUACAAUUUUGCUUCUACUGCGCUUGUUUUUGCAUAAUCAUCAUUUCUACCAAUGGCUACCUUACUAGCCUACGCCUAAAGGAAGACAAAAGUAUUGAUGCGCGACUCAUUGUUGCUCUGGCGCUUGGUGGUCUUUUCGGUUUGUUUACCAUAACCAUGACAAUCACGGCUUUAAGGUUUGCUUUUCAAAACAUCACCAAUGUCGACUUGUACAGGAAGACCCAGACCUUUCGACUGGCAGUUCGGAUUCCGACAGACACUCCUCCAAAUGAUCGAUUCAACACCGUCACCUACCCACUGGAAAGACCCGGAGAGGGUCCCAGGACCCCGGAUGCAGCUCACACCAGUGGGAUGACACAGGCGAACGGCGCUGCGUCCGCACGAGCAAGCGCAAUGGCGGCUAGAGACCAACAAGCCAGGCGGACAUUCGCUAUCCUUCAGGCAGAACCUGGAGAGAACCCAUGGCACCUGGGUUACCUGCAAAACUUCAAAUCAGUCAUGGGGGACUCGAUCAUCGAGUGGCUUCUACCCAUCCGUCACUCGCCCUGUAGCCGCCAUGAUAGCAUGGUGAGCGACUACCAGUUUGGGCCACUGGUGGAGGAGUUGAAAAGACGGUAUGGACUUGAAGGGAUCGACCCCGAGAAGAGGGCAGCGGCUAUGACUUCGAAUUAG